CCUCAUAAGGCACAAGUCACAAGGUGACGUGGGGCUGUGCGGCCCACCUUCCUUUGCAGACCAGUUGCGACUUGCACUGCCUCUUCAAGGGACAUGGAUUUCUGGGAACCGUAGCUGCCGUUACAAGCUACUUUGUUAGGCUGGCGAGAAAAGAGAAAUCACACAUUGCAUUACCUGCCUAGGCCUUAUUGAGGGAAACCCCCCCGGCUAGUUGCUGGCUGACAGGCAACUUCCACACCACGUUUUCAUCACCAUUCAUUCGCUUCAGGUGAUUUAUUCUUUCGUUUAUUACUUCUGCUAUCUACUUUUUUUUUCGGUUCUCAACCGCCCCUUUCGCCUUCGCCGUCUAAUAUUUUUGGGAGGUGCAUUUCACUCGCUUUUGCGCCAAACCAACCCUCACUUGCGAUAGGUAUAGGAUAAUCGAUUUAGUCGUCUAGUUGUUUGCGCGUGCGAAUACGACGACAUAUUUACCUGGGAUCCGAUUGAACAAAGCCGCGUCGAAAAAAGGCAUCGAUUAUACGAUUUAAAUUGCCAUUUACGUAGUCGCAUCAUCUAAAUCUAAUCGACUUAAGUCUUUGGACCGGAAAACCUAAUGAACGCUUACUUGGACUCAUGAAUUCGAUUAUCUAAUAGCGACGACGAUGUGGUUCUCCAACCGGUCUCCGCUCUUGGCGGCUCUCUAUUUCGCAUCUGCCAUUCUUCCCGUGGAAUCAAAGCGAAUUCUCCAAUCUACCUCUCUUAACAUCUGCCAGGAAAACUCGGGUUUUACGGCCAGUUUGUUUAGCGUUGUAUUUAAUCCGGACACCAACAAGGCUUCUGUGAACAUCACAGCCCUUUCUACCAUCGAAGCCAAGGUUGAAUUUGACGUUGACAUUAGCGCCUAUGGUUAUAGGUUUGAGCACAUUGUAGUUAAGCCUUGCGAUCUAGGCCUGGCUGGAUUUUGUCCCAUGGUAUCUGGAAAAUUGGGUAACCCCUUUGAUAUUGACGUCCCAGAUGCUGCAUCUCAGAUCCCGUCUAUCGCCUACGACUUUCCGGAUAUCGAUGCUAAGGUUAGAAUUCGAAUUAACGCAACUGAUGGCCCUCAAGCUGGCCAAACUGUCGCUUGCGUCGAGGCUUUGGUUUCGAAUGGACAGACAGUCGACUUAAUCGGGGUUAAAUGGGCCUCGGCUGUAGUGGCUGGUUUGGCUCUUGCUUCGUCCGCGUUCCUCUCCGGCCUGGGUCAUACGAACGCCGCUUCUCAUGUAGCCGCAAACGCUUUGUCGUUGGUAGGUUACUUUCAGGCGCAGGCUAUGGUUGGUCUUAUGGGAAUUCCUCUACCUCCCGUCGUUCAGGCGUGGACUCAAGAUUUCCAGUGGAGCAUGGGUAUCAUUGAAGUCCCUUUUAUGCAACGCAUCUUUACCUGGUAUCAACGAUCAACAGGCGGCACCGCGAGUAACAUUAUCGACCAGUCCGACCAUUCGAUCGUGUCUGUGGAGGUGCAAAAACGUGCAGUUGACCUCUUCAAGCGCGGGGCCGCGAUGCUCCCUAAUAGCGUGGUGGAGCAUGGUUCAAAACUCAUGAAGCGAGCAAAUGUCAUGACCUCGUAUGGGAGCUACGUCGUGUACGGCAUUCAACGUGUUGCAUUUCGAGCAGAUAUCGAGACUACGAAUCUUUUCUUGACUGCAAUCACCUUUUUUUACCUUAUCAUGGUGGUAACUACGUUGUGUGUGGUUGCUUUUAAAGGAAUAUGCGAACUGGCUGCGAAGCAGAAGUGGAUAAAAGGAGAUACUUUCCUAGACUUUCGCAAUGGUUGGCGUACCGUUCUCAAAGGCAUCUUGUUUCGAAUGGCCCUGAUUGGGCACCCCCCGGUAACGAUUCUUUGCCUCUGGGAGUUCACUCAAAAUGACUCUUCCGCAUUGAUGGUCGUCGCCGUCUUCUUCCUCGUUGCCGUCAAUGGGGUACUUGCCUGGGCGGCCUAUAAAGUCGUUCGGAUCGCGCAUCGUUCAGUCGCGCUUCACAGGAACCCGGCUUACAUCUUGUUUUCAGACCCUCAGACUCUUAAUAAAUGGGGCUUCCUUUAUAUUCAAUUCCGCGCCUCCGCUUAUUACUUUAUUAUACCCGUCCUCAGUUACACCGUGGUGAAAGCUUUCUUUAUUGCGUUUGCCCAGAACUCUGGCAUCGUUCAGGCCAUUGCAUUUCUUAUUAUCGAGGCCGCCGCUCUCAUUUCGUCCGCGGUGCUGCGGCCUUGGAUGGAUAAAAAGACCAAUUCCUUCAACAUUGCCAUUGCUGUUGUCAACUUCUUGAACGCCAUCUUCCUCCUUAUAUUCACUAAGGUAUUCGACCAGCCCGGGCUUGUGACUGGUGUCGUCGGUGUUGUCCUCUGGAUCCUGAAUGCGGUAUGCACGCUGGUUCUCCUGCUAAUGCUUAUCAUCACUACCGGCAUCGUCAUCUUCCAAAGCAAUCCGGAUGGCCGCUACAAGUUCAUGUCUGAUGAUCGCACGUCUUUUAUGAAAUCUCAAAGUCAGCUUGCCACUUCAACUGAACUCGAUGCCCUAGGAGUGACAGCUCGAGGUGAAAAGCCGGGAUAUUCGUCUGGCCUUGACUUGGACGACGAUGAAGAUUCGAACCCUCGCAAUUCAUCGUUUCAAGGACAAAGCUCAAGAGCUAACUCGACUGCUAAUAACUCCCAUCAUGCUCCUUCCCAUUUCGCCGCGCCUCACUCGCCCAUCGAUCCGAUCAACCGAACUUCUAGCCCGUAUAACGGUUCGGUCUCUUCAGUAUCGCGUUCGCAGCAUAGUUCCAGCCCGGCUGGUAUCAAGCCGUCCGCUAGUCCAAGCCCCUGGCAACGUGGUGCUGGCUACGAUCAUUGAGUAAGCUUGUCAAGACAGUGGCAGAUAUGGAAAUGAAAAAAAUUUAAGCUAUCUACUUCUUACCUACCUCUAAAAGGAUUUUUAUAUAAGAUGCGAUCGAUUUAUAUGCGCAUAUUGGCGCACUGAAAAGGCAUUGUUCUUUUCACUCUAUGUACUGCGGAAGGAAUUUAAGCUCAGUUGCAUAUGUUUAGCAGAUAUGAGUGCUUGGAGGAGCAGGGAGCAGUGAAAGAAUUUCUAGCAUAUAUGGCGUUUUGGUUAGAAAUGAUGCCUAUAGUUAGCAUUGUAUUGCACGAUUUCUUUAUUUAUUCGUAAUAUAUAUAUUGCAAAGAA